CGCUCUUUCCUGUCGUCUCACUAGUGCCCAAAAUGGCGGCUGCGGCGCUGUUCCGGGGCGCGGCGCUGGGGUGUAGCAGCCCUGCUUGGCAGCUGCGCACAGUCUCAAGGCACCGCCUGGCCCACACCUUAGGCGGUCACGGAAGCGACCCGACUAGCGGCGCGGCCUGGAUCUGCUUUCCGUUGGGCGAGCGCGCCCUGUUACGCGUGCGCGGGCCGGACUCCGCUCCCUUCCUUCUCGGGCUGCUGACCAAUGACCUGCCGCUUCCGGGUACUGAGGACCCUGCGGCCUUCUCCCCGGCGCGUGCGGGCUACGCCCACUUCCUCAGCGCCCUGGGACGAACGCUGUAUGACGUCAUUCUCUACGGGCUCCUGGAGCAGGCUGACCAAGCGCCCACUUUCCUCUUGGAGUGUGACAGUUCGGUGGUGAGUGCGCUCCAGGAGCACCUGCUACUGCACAAGAUUCGGCGGAAGGUUGCAGUGGAGCCAUACCCUGAGUUGCGUGUUUGGGCGGUGCUGCCCUGCACCCCCGAGGUGGAGGCCAGUGGAGCCAUGCUGCUGCCCAAGCCCCAGGGUGCCACUAUCCUCACCCGUGAUCCCCGCACUGUCCGCAUGGGCUGGCGGCUCCUCACCCAGGAUGAGGGCCCUGCCCUGCUGCCCAGGGCCCAUCUAGGGGAUAUCUGGGAUUAUCACCGACACCGGUAUCAGCAAGGUGUUCCAGAGGGGGUCCAUGACCUGCCCCCAGGAGUGGCCCUGCCCUUGGAGUCCAACCUGGCCUUCAUGAAUGGCGUCAGCUUCACCAAAGGCUGCUACAUUGGCCAGGAGCUGACAGCCCGCACCCAUCACAUGGGCAUCGUCCGCAAGCGCCUCUUCCCGGUGCAGCUUGUGGGCCCUCUCCCCUCAGGCGAUAUCACGCCAGGCACCGUGGUGCUCACUGAGUCUGGACAGGCCGCCGGCAAGUACAGGGCAGGCCAGGGGGAUGUGGGGCUGGCCCUGCUGCACUUGGACAAGGUCAAGGGCCUUCUCCACAUCAGAACAGCAGGUGGUGGCCAGGUGGCCCUGACUGCCUCUGCGCCGGACUGGUGGCCCACAGCUGCUAAGUAGCCCAGAUGUCCCUGCGCUCCCACAGAGUGCCUCUGUCCCUUUGCACCCCUGCAGGUGGGCCUGGCAAGGUCUCUGAGCAUAAGUGGGGCUCCUAGGUGGCUGCAGGUGUGACAGCUGUGCUGCUGUGCUGCUGUGCCAGGCCACUCCAACCCACCAUGCUCCUUAUAGAGGACCCAGCCUCUGCUGGUGGCUCUGAUUUGGGGGCAGCAGGAGUGAGCCCUGCAGCUGCCUUUGCUGAGCCAAGCCCCAUCUUCCAGCAGGCCUCAGACGAGGCUUCAAACCACGUCUGUCUGGAGGCCAUUUGUCUGUCAGCCAAGGACAGGAGUGAGGACUUGCCUUGUGGGCCUUCCCCUGUCAUCUGCACUGCUCAGUCUUCUCCGGGGCGGGCCUGGCACUGAGGCAUUGCAGCACCGGGAUGGCAAGGGGCAGAUGGCUCUGGGAAUUGUCUCCCAUGUGGGCUUAGGGCUUGUGUCAGGGCAGGAAUCAUGUGGCAGGUGCCGUGGUGGUGUCUGCAGAUGGUGGCACAUGCCGUCCACAAGCCCUACAAACAGUUCUCCAAGUGCACCUCUGCACUAAGUGGCCUGGGCAGGCCCUCCUCCUCCUAGAGCCUGCGUGCCAAGAGGAGCUUCCGCUUGGUGGAUUGCUGCUGUUUUCUGAUGUGGCCCUGACUUCGUGGUAAGAGGAUCCUUGUUUCCUCCUUUAAACCACUGAAGUCCAUCUUCCUACUGCAGUGUGAACAUAGCUAUGGGUGACCGACAGAUGCUCCAGAGUGAAAAUUAAAGUUUGACCCAUGAGAGGCUCGUGUGGAUUUCUGGUUUCAUUUUGGUGGAAGGCACUGGGACUUGGUUUUGGACAGAGUAGAUGUGUCCAAGGUCUCCUUUGAACAGCUGAGGUAAAAUAUUUACACCAGAUAAAAUAUUGUGGUUGACUGGGCUGACAAGAAGAUCAGAAGCUGGAGCUCUGGGGACUCUGAGUUAUGGUCUGAGGCCCCGUAUGAGGAGACUGCCAGGCCUGCCCUAGGAGGAGGGCCAAGUGGGGAAGGAGGCAGCCUGGUGCCCACAGAUCGAAAGGAUCCUGCCAAGAACUUGCAGCCAUGUGUAGUUUUGGUGUUGACCCUGGAGGAAAUGGGGUGGGGGUGGCGCCAGAGUGGAAGGGGCCCUGCGGUGGCACUGGGGCAAUGAAAGUGAGGGAGAUGGGGGUGAGGGAACUGAGGGGGGGCCCAGCCAGCCCUCCAGGGCUAGGCCCCCCUUCAGGCAGUGCUGUGCCCCAAUACUGAGAGCAGGUGGUCAGGCUGGGCUGGACCAUCCUGACACACACCUGCAAAGGGUGUGAAGGAGAUCAGGGCAUGUCAGCUUCUGGGCAGGAAGGGCACGGUCCCUACAACUUGUGAAGAAAGGAUUCGGGACCUCUGUGCUGAUGGCCAGAGCAGUCACCUGUCCUGGCUGUGCUGCUGGCACCCUUGUUGCAUCUGUUUCUUUCAGUGAAAAUUUAACAAACCGGCUGGUCUUUGCACAGAUGCUGAGGCCUUGGCUCAGGAGUCUAGUUCCCUCAUGUCUCAGUGACCAGAACCUGGAGGCCAGUCUUGUAGGCCAGGCUGCCCCUUGUGGGUGGGUGUGCUCCCACAGCUGGAAUCUGUGCUGUGCACUAAAGACAUCCAGGCUUCGCACUGGGUGUCAUUGUUGGCCUGUCAGAGCCAUUGGCAGGAGCCUGAGCUGUGAGGACAGGGAGACGAGGCUGGCCAUGGGUUUUUUUUUUUUUUUUCAGCACAGGGGACUCCUGUAACUGUCUUCAGUGUUCUCCAGGUAACAGGGGCCUUACAGUAUUUGGUUCAGACCCAAGUACGCACUCUGUGUCCUACCUUAGUGGUUUGUACAAGGAGGCUGCCACACAGACCGACCACACCAGCUUUCACAGAAACUUGGCAGAAGGCUCAGCCUCUAGUGAUUCUGGGCCAGCCAUCCACGGCCAGUUGGGUCAAGCCUCCAACUUCAUGAACCCUGAUCCGUGAGAACUGGUAUAGGUACCUGGAAGGCUCUUUUCUUGUUUUCACAUCUACUUUAUUUUGUUCUAUAAAAAGUAAAGUUCUGAAAAAUAGGUGGUCAUAGUGAGAAAAAAAAAAGUAG